AUGCGCCGGGUGCGGUUUGCGAUUCUGCGUGGCUUGCAGGCAUGCGGUGUUGUCGGCGGCGCAGGAGGCGACCCUGGCGUUGAGCUCGCGCGCGAUGAGGGUCACUCCCAGGACUAAGCCAACGAUCUCUGCUUCAUAGACCGUGUGUUCUGUCGCGCGUCCGAGGUGGUAUCGCAGGACCUUGGUGUCGUGUCCUGGCCGUAUGAGUACCGCUGCAGCUCCCACUCCUCCGUCCAAGUCAGAGCCGUCAGUGUAGACGUGGGGUCCCGGCUUGUCGUAGGAAGGGAGAUGUUCAGGAGGCACCGCCGCUGGUUACAAGCCCCAUUCUUCGACAAAGCUUCAAUUGCGCAGUACUUGCCUGUUCAGACUCGCGAGGCUCACGUACUUCUCUCCAACCUACUCGUCGAUCCCGAUAGCUUUGUGAAGCAUGUCCGUCGCUUUUCUGGGGCAACCAUGCUGGAGACACUGUACGGACACAGCGUCAUCUCAUCGGACGAUGAAUAUCUUCGGCUCAUUGACACGACCAUCGAGGGCACCACGGCUGCUUCCGCCCCUGGCGCUGCGCUCGUGGAUUUCAUUCCCAUACUUAAGUACACUCCAACCUGGCUUCCCGGCGGUGGAUGGAAGCGUCACACAUUAGAAGGGAGAGCCGCGUUGCAGGAGACACAUGUCAAAACGUAUGCGCUUGCGGAAAUGCAUGCAAAUAAUGGCAAACUGUCCGUUGUGGGCUCACUGAUCAAGGAAUACUCGGACAAAGGAGAGAUUGGGUCCUUAUUGCCGGAAAUCAUGCAUCUCGGGUCGUCGACAUACAAUGCUGGAACAGAUACGACAAAGUGUGUAUUGCAUAGUUUCAUACUCGCUAUGGUUCUACAUCCCGAAGCGUACAAGAAGGCGCAAGAUGAGAUGGAUCGUGUCGUCGGUCAUGACCGGUUACCGACAUUGGAAGACAGGGAUUCCCUUCCGUACUUAGAGUGUAUACAGAAGGAGACAUAUCGCUGGCUCUGUCCUGUCCCCUUGAGUCUACCCCAUGCAUCGAGCGAAGACGAUGAGUAUCGUGGAUACUUUAUCCCAAAGGGAACAACUGUGAUCCCAAAUCUCUGGCUUAUGUGUCGAGACCCGAAGGAUUACCCUAGUCCAGACGAUUUCCUGCCAGAACGUUUUUCGGCGCUGACAGCAGAGGAAGUCGAGCGCAUAGAUCCGCGUAAUAUAGUGUUUGGACAUGGUCGAAGGAUUUGUCCGGGUCGUCGCUUCGCAGACAUCAGCCCCGAGAUGCCCUAGGAAAUGAGAUCACGCCCCCGGGUUCAUACGAGCCCGGUCUCACAAGCUGUCCCGUCCACUUCCAAUGCUCAAUCAAAGCGCGGUCGCAACAAGCUGCAGAAUUGAUUGCUAGCACCGCUUGAGAGUGGCGCG